UCUCACGGGGGGCGGCUCCUGGGAGGGGUUUGCCAAGUAAAUCCAGUGAAAUUGGGCAGGAAGCAGCGGCUCCUCCGGCAGCCGCACAUUUCCCUGCCCGCGGGAGGAUUUUUCCAGCGGAGGGAAGAGCUGGAAGCAGCGAACCGGGGCUGAGCUUCCCCCCAAUCCAGGACAGCCCUGCCUGCGCUCCCCGGCUCUGGCUCUGCAAGCACCGAGGAUGGGAAGAUCUCGAGGUUUUCCCUGCAAGCCCAGCCUGCUGCUGCUGCUCCUGGCCCAGCUGAGCUGCGCCCAGUAUGAGCCCUGGCCGUACCUGCCUGGCUACCCCGAGCCGGCCCCGCCACCGUUCCAGGCGCCCCAGAGAGCCCCAAAUGUCCCCAAAAUCCAGCUGAGGCUGGCAGGGCAGAAGAGGAAGCACAAUGAGGGCAGGGUGGAGGUGUUCUACAAUGGCGAGUGGGGCACCGUGUGCGAUGACGACUUCUCCAUCCACGCCGCCCACGUGGUGUGCCGGGAGCUGGGAUACGUGGAGGCCGUGUCCUGGCUGCCCAGCUCCAAGUACGGAAAAGGAGAAGGGAAAAUCUGGCUGGACAACGUGCACUGCACGGGCAAGGAGAGCAGCCUAGCUGCCUGUGGCUCCAACGGUUGGGGUGUGAGCGACUGCAAACACACCGAGGACGUGGGCGUGGUGUGCAGCGAGAAGAGGAUCCCCGGCUUCAAGUUUGACAACUCCCUAAUUAAUCAAAUUGAGAACAUGAACAUCCAGGUGGAGGACAUCCGUAUCCGCGCCAUCCUGGCCACCUACCGCAAGCGCGUCCCUGUCACUGAGGGCUACGUGGAGGUGAAGGACGAGGGCACCUGGAAGCAGAUCUGCGACAAACACUGGACCAUGAAGAAUUCCCGCGUGGUCUGUGGGAUGUUCGGCUUCCCGGGAGAGAGAAAAUACAACACCAACGUCUACAAGAUGUUUGCCAGCAGAAGGAAGCAGCACUACUGGCCUUACUCCAUGGAUUGCACUGGGAACGAGGCUCACAUUUCCAGCUGCAAACUGGGAAACCACCUGGCGGGCUCUGGGAAGAACAGUAGCUGUGACAGUGGGAUGCCCGCAGUGGUCAGCUGCAUCCCCGGCCGCGCCUUCGCCCCCAGCAGCCACAGCGGCUUCCGAAAGGCCUUCAGGCAGGAGCAACCCCUGGUGAGGCUGAAAGGAGGAGCCAACACCGGGGAAGGCCGGGUGGAGGUGCUGAAGAACGGGGAGUGGGGGACGGUGUGCGACGACAACUGGAACCUGGUGUCGGCCAGCGUGGUGUGCCGGGAGCUGGGGUUUGGCAGUGCCAAGGAAGCCAUCACGGGAGCCAGGCUGGGCCAAGGAAUGGGUCCCAUCCACUUGAACGAAAUCGACUGCACGGGCUUUGAGAAGUCGGUCACAGACUGCAAGUUCAACACUGAAUCCCAGGGUUGCAACCACGAGGAAGAUGCUGCUGUGAGGUGCAAUGUGCCAGCCAUGGGCUUCCAGAACCAGCUUCGCCUGAGUGGAGGCCGCAACCCCUACGAGGGCCGCGUGGAGGUGCUGGCCGAGCGCAACGGCACCCUGAGGUGGGGCACGGUCUGCAGCCACAACUGGGGCACCGUGGAGGCCAUGGUGGUGUGCCGGCAGCUGGGGCUGGGAUUCGCCAGCCACGCCUUCCAGGAAACGUGGUACUGGCACGGGGACGUCAGCGCCGAUGACGUGGUCAUGAGUGGAGUCAAGUGCUCAGGGACAGAGAUGUCCCUGUCCCACUGCCGGCACGACGGGGCCCACGUGUCCUGCCCCAGGGGAGGGGGACGCUUCGGGGCUGGCGUGUCCUGCUCAGAGACCGCCCCAGACCUGGUGCUGAAUGCGGAGCUGGUGGAGCAGACAGCCUACCUGGAGGACAGGCCCAUGUUCCUGCUGCAGUGUGCUCUGGAGGAGAACUGCCUGGCCAGCUCGGCCCACAACACCUCGCUGACCUCGGGCUACCGGCGCCUGCUGCGCUUCUCCUCCCAGAUCCACAACAACGGCCAGUCCGACUUCCGGCCCAAGAACGGCCGCCACGCCUGGGUCUGGCACGACUGCCACCGGCACUACCACAGCAUGGAGGUGUUCACCCACUACGACCUCCUGAACCUCAACGGCACCAAGGUGGCUGAGGGCCACAAGGCCAGCUUCUGCCUGGAGGACACAGAAUGUGAGGCAGAUGUGCAGAAACAGUACGAGUGUGCUAAUUUUGGGGAGCAGGGGAUCACUGUUGGCUGCUGGGAUGUUUAUCGGCACGACAUUGACUGCCAGUGGAUCGACAUCACCGAUGUCCCCCCCGGGGAUUACCUCUUCCAGGUGGUGAUCAACCCCAACUACGAGGUGGCAGAGUCAGAUUAUUCCAACAAUGUCAUGAAAUGCCGGAGCCGCUACGACGGGCAGCGCAUCUGGAUGUACAACUGCCAUAUAGGUGGUUCCUUCAGCGAGGAGACGGAGCAGAAGUUUGACCACUUCAGGGGACUCACAAAUAACAACGUGUCAGCCCGUUUUUUAGGUGCUCCUGCAAUUCCAGCCCCGCUCCUGGUGGGAGCUUCCAGCUCUCCUCAGCUCCAGCUCUUCACCAUUCCAAAGAUUUCUCCCGCACUUUGCAGCACUCCUCGCCUCAGGUGGGUCCCAGCCACCCAAAAUUGCCUUUAUCCUUCAUUUCCAAGGUGUUAGUUGGGAAUUUUCAGCUCUUUUCCAGUCCCAAUGCCUCUGCUCGUGCUGCUGCUUCCUGUGCUCAGCUUCGACUCCAGCUCAGCAAGGAAAUACAAGGAAAGGAAGAAGAAAAAAGGUAAAAAGGAAAAAAAAGGAGCAGCUUUUUGCGAGCAGAACAGUGUAAAGCUGAAUUUAAUACUGCAGUGAAACGCUUAGAUCCAACAACCGCCACUCCGGAGGGGAGCAAACGCAGAACAUGGAAUUUCGCAUGGAAUUUCACAUGGAGCCAAAGCUCCCCGAAGUGAGCCCUCAGCACCCAGAACUCGGCAGAUUCCGAGGGAUGAGGCCUCUGGGCUGGAAAUUCCCAUCCCAACAGGUGCUGUGCCCAUCCAGGAAUCGCCUCUUGCUGGGAUACACAAUUUAUUUUUUUUUUUAAAGGAUGAAUUAGCCAGGGUGUCGUAUCCUUGUGCACCUUGCAGAGGGAAUUCCUGGCUCUCAUGCCCAGGGAUCUGCUCCUGAGGGAAUUCUCAGUGCUCCUCUGUUUGUUUGAGGACACACUUUGCUAGAGAGCUCCAAUAAAAACCUUUUCUCUGGAAAAAAAAAACCAACCAAAAAUCCCUUCAGAAGCCCUUGGUGUAUUUCUCUUCACAAUUCCUGGAA